GAAGUAUACUCAGUUCAAGUCAGGAUCAGUAUCAGGAUUCAGACUGAGUUGUUUUGAUGAUUAGAAUUCAGGCUCCAAGGAGAAACCUCAAGAAGUGAUAUAUUGGAUAUAACAGAAAGUGGGAGCCAUACCUGACCUGUAGAGAAUGUGGACUGGAUAUAAGAUCUUAAUCUUCUCUUACCUUAUUACAGAAAUUUGGAUGGAGAAACAGUAUGUAUUUCAAAGAGAAGUGGACCCAGGAGCUGAUUUCACUAGGAAUCACACCAUUUUGGAAGGUACUCGAUUCAAAAGAGCCAUUUUCACAGGGCAAUACUGUAGAAGUUUUGGUUGUUGUGAAGACAGAGAUGAUGACUGUGUCACUCAGUUCUAUGAGGUGAAUGCCCUGUGUUACUGUGAUAAAUUCUGUGAAAGGGAAAAUUCUGAUUGCUGUCCUGAUUACAAGUCAUUUUGCCAUGAAGAGCAAGAAUGGCCUCCUCACACAAAGCCUUGGUAUCCAGAAGGUUGCCUUAGAGAUGGUCAACACUAUGAAGAAGGAUCAGUAAUUAAAGAAAACUGCAACUUCUGCACAUGUUCAGGACAGCAAUGGGAAUGUUCCCAGCAUGUAUGCCUUGUUGAACCAGAAUUAAUUGAACAUGUCAAUAAAGGAGACUACGGAUGGACAGCCCAGAACUACAGUCAAUUCUGGGGGAUGACUUUAGAAGAAGGGUUUAAACACCGCCUUGGCACCUUGCCGCCCAGCCCUAGGCUUCUGAGCAUGAAUGAAAUGACAGCUCCUUUACCUGCAAUAACUGACCUUCCAGAGUUUUUUGUUGCUUCUUACAAAUGGCCUGGCUGGACUCAUGGCCCAUUGGAUCAAAAAAAUUGCGCUGCGUCAUGGGCUUUUUCCACUGCAAGUGUGGCUGCUGACCGAAUAGCAAUUCAGUCUAAGGGUCGAUACACAGCCAAUCUGUCUCCUCAGAAUUUGAUUUCUUGCUGCGCUAAGAACCGUCACGGAUGCAACAGUGGAAGCAUCGAUAGGGCGUGGUGGUACCUGAGAAAACGUGGACUGGUAUCCCAUGCAUGCUAUCCACUUUUCAAGGACCAAAAUGCUACGAACAAUGCCUGUGCCAUGGCCAGUAGGUCUGAUGGGCGGGGAAAACGGCAUGCCACAAAGCCAUGUCCCAACAACAUCGAGAAAUCUAAUAGGAUCUACCAGUGUUCUCCUCCAUACAGAGUCUCUUCCAAUGAAACUGAAAUAAUGAGAGAAAUCAUGCACAAUGGACCAGUUCAAGCCAUAAUGAAAGUCCAUGAGGAUUUCUUCCAUUAUAAGUCAGGGAUAUAUAGACAUGUGACCAGCACAAAUGAAGAAUCAGAAAAAUACCGAAAGCUUCAGACACAUGCAGUCAAACUCACUGGAUGGGGCACACUGAGAGGAGCCAAAGGGCGGAAAGAAAAAUUUUGGAUUGCUGCCAAUUCCUGGGGAAAGUCUUGGGGAGAGAACGGCUAUUUCAGGAUUCUUCGAGGAGUAAAUGAGUCUGACAUUGAAAAGUUGAUUAUUGCAGCCUGGGGCCAACUGACAAGUUCAGAUGAACCAUAACAUGUUAUUAAGUUUCCAGAGGCCAUGCACUGAAGUAACCCUUUAAAUUGAAAUUAAGCAAUGUGAGGUUCUCUGUGACAGUGGGCUCUCUGCCUCUUCACCUUGUUAUUAUAAUCUACCUGUUUUCCUGUUUUAUCCCAGGCUCUAUGCUCCUGCUUUCUUGACUCUCCUGAGUAU